AUGACAGAAAGUUUACGGCAAUGCCUUGAAGCACUAGAGCUGAGUGUAUCUGUAUUGGAGAACACAGUAUCGAAACUAGAUUCAAGCUCACGGGUUAGCAAUGAGCUUACGACUACUCUUUUGCAGUCGAGAAGAGUAUUCGAAUUAGUACCUGAGUAUGAUGUUCAGCGGGCGAAACUUGAUUUAAUACAAGAAGUAGAACCUUUAGUGAACAGAUUAAACGGUAAGCUCGUCAAAGGGCUGAACAAACUUGAGAGAGAGAGAGAAGCAUUAUUGCAGACUUAUGAAUUAAAUAAAUUGCAAUUGAACAAUAAAACCAAAGAUGACGAGGAGGCUGACGCUGAUAUGAGCACAGAUCCAGUCGUCGUUGCGUCAUCAACUAGAGAGGAAUUGGAUCUACUUAAACAUCUGAAGAAAAAAAGGGAGGAGCUUUCUCUUAAAUACGAAGAUUUAGUUCGUUCAAGCUAA